AUGUCUGGAAUGUUCAAAAAUGAUACAACGGCUAAUCAUAAAGAGAUAGCAUUAAUUAUCUUAACAAUUAUCUAUAAAUAUCCCAUUGACGUUUCUCCACAAGACCAUGUUGCCGUUUAUCAAAAUACCACUGACGUUUCUCCACAAGACUAUAUUAACAUUUGUCAUAAUCAAUCUAGUAUUGAGGAGUAG